AUGUCUACGGCGGUAAAGGCGAAAAUAGUGACGCUUGAAGGCCAUCGAAAUUUCCGAUUACGACUCGUGCUCUCUACAUUGUCGGGAAAACCAAUAAAAAUUGUCAGAAUUAGAUCCGAUGACAUGAAUCCUGGUCUUCGUGACCAUGAAGUAUCGUUCCUUCGACUCUUGGAAUCAGUAACUAACGGCACUCAUAUCGAAAUAUCAUACACUGGUACUACUGUCAUAUACAAGCCUGGCAUCAUAAUUGGCGGUCAAAUCACUCAUAAUUGUCCUAAUACUAAACCUAUAGGAUACUUUGUAGAACCCAUGUUGUACUUGGCUCCAUUUUCCAAAAAGAAGUUUUCCAUUGUUUUCCGCGGACUCACUGCAUUGAACGACACAGAUGAUGCUGGAAUCGACGCCUUGAAGUGGGGAAUACUCCCCGUCAUGGAAAAGUUCGGCGUCCGUGAAGCUGCAUUACAUAUCAAUAAGAGAGGAUCUCCUCCUUUGGGUGGAGGUGAAGUCCAUUUUGUUUGUGACUCCUUGAUUGCCCAGCCAUUGACGAUCCAUGCUCUUGAGGUUCCCAAGAUCUCAGCAAUAAGAGGUGUCGCAUACUGUACUAGAGUUUCACCCAGCGUAGUUAACCGGAUAGUUGAUGCGGCUCGUAAAGUGUUGAAGCCUACCGGGGUGGAAGUGAAUAUUACAGCCGAUGCUUGGCGUGGAGAACAAUCGGGAAAGUCUCCAGGUUUUGGAGUUACUUUAGUCGCUGAGCUGAAAAAAGGAUGGAGAAUCUUUUCGGAGGGAGUAGGAGCUGCGCAGCUGCUCCCAGAGGAACUUGGUGAAAAAGUAGCAUACCAGUUACUCGAGGAAUUAAGUCUAAGUGGAACUCUAGGAAGAAGUCAAUUAAAACUCGCAUUGACCUACAUGGCCAUCGGAAAGGAAGACAUUGGUCGUAUAAAGCUCCAUAAAAGCCAAAUCGAUUCCAACUUAAUAUGGGUUUUGCGAGACAUAAAUUCAAUAGUUGGCACAGAAGCUUUCUUCAAAGAUGGCCUGGAUGAUAUCGACCCUGAAGAAGCAGACUUUAUGACUUGCGCUAUGAAAGGAAUUGGGUUUACGAGUGUUUCCAAAAAGAUUGCUUAA